AUGAGAAAGGAACUCAAAUAUAUCCUCUGGGGCCACUUGGCCAUCAUUGCGUUUUUGACAUACUGCAGCUUGGACUUGAUCUGUCUUUUGUUCGAUAGUCCCACUGCGGCUGCCUUUACUCCCGCCGAAUUGGCUCAACCGGACUCGCCUACGUCUUCCCCUAGCGCCCAGCCCCUCAUCCCUAAAAUCAUCCAUCAAACAUAUAAGGACGAGAACAUCCCAGAGAAGUGGCGCGCAGGCCAGCAGGCUUGCAUCGACUUGCAUCCAGACUACGAGUACAUCUUAUGGACCGACGACACUGCGCGCGACUUCAUCGCCAAGGAGUAUUCGUGGUUCCUUGAAACCUGGGACUCGUACCCUUAUCCUAUCGAGCGUGCGGACGCCAUUCGUUACUUUGUGUUGGCUCAUUAUGGUGGUAUCUACAUCGACUUGGACGAUGGCUGUAAGAGAAAGCUCGACCCCCUUUUGGUGGCCCCUGCCUUUGUUCGUGAGACUGUGCCAACAGGAGUUCUGAACGAUGUCAUGGGCUCCGUGCCAGGCCAUCCAUUCUUCGUCAAAGUCUUGGAGAGCUUGGAAUGCUACAACCGCAAUUGGUUGGUUCCAUACAUCACCAUCAUGUUCUCCACAGGCCCAUUGUUUGUCUCCGUGAUGCUCGUACAAUACAAGAGACAAGUUUUGGCCCAGAUGGACCAGGUCCGUGUCCUUCUCUCGAAUGACUACAAGACCGCAUCUUCUGCAUUCUUCAGCAUUGCUCCUGGCUCUUCGUGGCACUUGGACGACGCCAAGUUCAUCAAGUCUUUGGCCAACCACAUUGGCUUGGCCGUGUUCUGCGGCUUUGCUAUUGCUGGUUUGGUAUUCUUGUUGGAGUGGUAUUUCUACCAAUGGUGUAUCCACACCAACUUUUCUGGCCUUGCCGAGAGAUUGCUCCACAAGUUAAACUGGACAAGCUACCAAAGAAGAAGAACCAGAAAGGACUCCAACUUGCCAUUUGCUUGUGACUAUGAGAAGAUUGAGGAGGCUUGA